AAAUACCGAUAUUCGAUUUGUUGGUAGAUACCUUGCUAUAGGUAAAAAUUUCAGUAAUAUGCCUAUAACCCUAAAUAGAAGGCGAAAGGGCACAAAUCCUCUUGAGGUUUUUCAUACCUCACUGAGGUCUAUCUAUCGCCAAAAGAUGGCGCUUAAAGGGCUUUAUCACCUGGAGAGGUUCCCUCGUAAGAUGCAUAGUUAGAUUCAUUUUUUAAGUCAAAAUGGCUUGACAAUAUGAGUUAUAAAAUAGCUACUCUUAUAAUUUUGUUCACUACUGUAUAAGAUAAAUAUUUACUUGUUUUUUUCCAAGUUCAAUCAAACCAUGAUCUUUAUUACUAGUUGACAAAUAGAUUCCAUGUCGAAUAAGAAAAAAAUAUUGAGAAUCUGAUGAUGAUGCUGUCGAUGGUGCGACGCAUCUUGAUGAAAUAUUGUUAAACAGUUUUUUUUAUUAUUAUUAUUCGAAUAGGUCAAUUUCGCACAUAAAUAUAUAAAUUAAGUGAAAAUUGGUUAAUAGAAACGAAAGAUUUAAUACUACCAUAGUUACAUCAUUGUAAGUCAAUGAAAGAAAAAAUAAUGUAAUAAUUGAAUUACAGUAUUAUUUAGAUCAAAUAGUGUGUAUAAGACAAAUAAAUUCGGAGAUUUCAUAGAUAAGAAGCCAAACUAGAUCUCCACUUGAAGCAAGUUCAAGUAGAAGAAAGACAACUGACUGCAGAAGUGUAACAACCCUCAUAAACGUGGAAAGCUGAAUCGUUUAUAAUUUUGUUUUAUUUUAUUCUCAAAAUCAAUUAUUUAAACUCAGAUAAGGAUUUAUUCGCAUUCAUAGUAAUUCUUCAUCCAUAAAAAUAGACCAAGAUAAAGAUUUUUUCUUUACAAAGCAAUUUGAUAGUUGAGAAUAAUUCAAGGAAGAGUUUACAAAUUGAUGCAUUAACUGCUCAGGUAAUUAAAAACUAACAAAAAAUGAUGACUUUCAUGUGAAAACACAAAACAAAAUGAAACUUUCUAAGUUUAAAUUUCCAUUAUAAUCUCCGAAAGGGAUUAUUCCCUAUACUAGGAAUAUUCUUAAUUAGUAAGAAAUGUGAGCGAAAUGUGCAAUAGUGCAGAAGAACAUCACAUGGAAAACAAAUAACCGAAAAUGACCUGAAGGUUGAGAAAACGAAAGCAAUAUAUAUAUAUAUGUAUAGGAUCGUAUUUGUCAUCUUACGAUAUAUAAAAUAGAAGAAAAAAAAAGAAACAUCCAACGCAAAUGAUUCACAUUAUAACAAUGCUGUUAAAAGAUCAUAUCAUUUUAUAAGAAUCAAUUUAAUGAAUACAAACUACGCGUCUCUUUUAUAUAAAGCAUAGACGUUGUUCAGUCGUACACUUUUUACAUAUCGAUGAAAUAAUAAAGUUGUUAAUUAAAUACUAAUUACGAUUAGUUAAAGAGGAUAAUACUAAUGGGACGAAUAUUUUCCUAGUUGAUGAAAUAUAUAAAAAAUAAUAUCUGUUUCGCCAUUUUAAUGCAAUUGUUUUCAUGAUUAAUAAUCGGCUCGAUUAUAUUACGAAUUUUAUUUUAAAAUACAACAAUACAUGAUUUUAUGUUUACUAGUAAAAUAGUUAUACCUAGAUGUAUAAAUAGUUAGCCAGCUACAUACACGUGUGUGUACAUACAUACUUUCUUAAGUUUAAUAUAGAAAAGCAGAUAAAUAUAUAUUCAUUUCUAUUUUAGACUUUUUCAAAGACAUGGCGAUGACAAACGAUAAAACACUAUGUAUUACAUAUGCCAAAGAAAAAAUAACAUACCCAGGUCAAACAAACGCGAUCGUAAACGAAGUUCGUAAUAAUCGACCUGGGGAUGUUCAAAAAGAUUUUGUUUCUAGGAUUUAGCACAACAUCGUCAAAAAUAAAAUGAUGAAUUACGUGGUAUUAGUCAUGGUUAUGAUAAACUUAAAGAAACAAUUGUGAUAUAAAAACAAGGUUCACAAAAUCAUCUAGUAAUGAACCAAAUUAAUGCAUGGGAAACAAAAUCAAUUUAAAAAAUUAAAGCAAAUGCACAAGAGUAUCGAGAAAUUUUCACUAACUCAUUACAAGAAUGUGUUAAUGAUAGUGAAAUAAAAUUUAAUGGUUUGCUUGAACAAAUAAAACAACUUCAACAAGAAAAUGAAUCUAAUGAAACUGGUUUAAAUUAUUUGAGGAAACAAUUAAUAAAAAUUAGUCAAGAAUUAAACAAUCCAUCAAAUAUGUCUACUCCACAAAAUUCACAACCGCUUAUCAAUGAUAUUUUAAUUAUUUCAUCGAAAAGUACGUUAUUAAGAAAGCCAAAAUUCAUGAAAUGGAAACAAAAUGCCAUUACUGUGGUUGGUGAAAAUAAAGAAUGUGAAGGAUUAUGUCAACUCAAUCGCCCUCAAAGAAUCUUUAUCGAUAGAAACAAACAUAUUUUUAUUGCUGAUUUUAUGAAUCAUCGUGUUAUUGAAUGGGAAUGUAAUGCAAACACAGGACAAAUUAUUGCAGGUGGAAGUGGCAAGGGAUACUCAGAGAAGCAAUUGAGUAAUCCCAUAGAUGUGAUUUUUGAUCAACAAACUCAUUUCAUCAUCAUUGCUGAUCUUAGUAACAGACGAGUGAUUCAAUGGAUGAAUAAAGAUCAACAAAUUCUCAUUCACAAUAUUGAUUGUUAUGGCUUGGCAAUGGAUAAAAAUAUAUUUCUCUAUGUUUCUGAUUAUAAGAACAAUGAAGUGCUACAAUGGAAAAUGGGUGAAGACAAUGAAGAAAUUGUAGUAGCAGGUGGAAAUGAACAAGGUAAUCAGCUCAAUCAACUUGCUUAUCCUACGUUUAUCUUUGUUGAUGAAUAUCAAUCUGUUUAUGUAUCAGACAGUAACAACCAUCGUAUAAUGAAAUGGGAAAAAGGUGCAAAAGAAGGAAGAAUUGUGGCUAGAGGUAAUAGUAAUGGAGAAAAUCUCAAUCAAAUAUCUAAACCUGAAGGAAUAUUUGUUGAUGAUUCGGGUCAAAUCUAUGUGGCUGAUUAUGGAAAUCGUCGAAUAAUGCGUUGGUAUGAAGGAAAAGGUGAACUUGUUAUUGGUGGAUAUAAACCAGAUCAGUUGAGUGGACUUAUGGGUUAA